AUGGACGAUCCGUGUAAAGAGCACGAACCUCAAGUGAUAGAUCAUUUUAUGAUAAAACGUUGUUUGGACGAGCAAGGAUUGAAAGGUGAAUUGGGAAGAUUGGCCCGUGAAGAAGGAAUACCGUGGGGUGAAGUACUUCAAAUUCGUUUGGAAUUCAUGCAUAUAUUAAGAAUAGAUCAUUUGUGGCUGCUGCCAGGUCUAACUAUGUUGAGCCUGAACAAUAAUUUGAUCGAAAAUAUAGAAAAUUUAGAGACUUUAAUUCAUUUGACAGAACUCGAUUUGUCCUUCAAUAAAAUCAAGAAAAUUGAGAAUUUGAAUGAUUUGGUUAAAUUGGAGGUUCUUAAUUUGUUUAAUAAUUCUAUAGAAACGAUAGAGAAUAUGGAAACGCUUACAAACCUGGAAAUCUUCAGCAUUGGCAAUAAUCAUAUAACAGAUCGUGAUAAUGUUUUAUAUUUGAGACGUUUCACUAAAAUGCAAUCUGUAAACAUGGCUGGUAAUCCGUGCGCACUGGAAGACAAUUUUAGAACUUUCGUCGCAAUCUUUUUACCAAACAUAGUUUAUUACGAAUACAAACUAGUGGAGCCAAACGAAAGAGAAGAAGGAAAAAAAUUAUACGCUCAGAAGAUUAUUGAUCUUGAAGAAAUUGAAAUCGUUACUAGAGAGGAGCGGAGGAAAGUGCAGGAGGAAUUGUCAGAAGCGGAAUUGCACUCUGAAAGUUUUGUGGAGUUCCUAGGAAGCAGUCAUCUGUUUGAUCAAAUGUUUGAAAAGGAUUACGACGGUCAAACGUUGCUGAAAGUCGAUGAAGAAGCAAAGCAAUUCUACACCGAAUACGAAACGCAGUUUUUAGAAUUGACCAAACAGAUUUUCGAGAAUGGACAGACCCAGUUCAAGAUACGCAAGGAAGAAGUGGCGCAAUUCUUUAAAAUUACAGAAGGCGCUAAAUUGAAUAACCAAACCGAAAGCAUCGAACAUAUGGAGGCUUUUAUGCAGAUUAAGGAUGAUAUGUUCAAGACUAUAAGGAGUCACAAGGUGGCAUUCUUGGAAGGGAAAUUAUCUAUGCAAGAUUAUAAUACGAUGAUCGAAGAAUACAAGAAAACUUAUUACGAAGCUAUUCAUACUACGUGGACAACGUUGAUGGGAUUAGAGGUAACGAUGUUCGAGCAACUGGAGGAGACGAAUCAAGUCUUUGAGCAGUCAUUGACUGAAAUGAUAAAUAAUUUUAUUGAAAUGGCUCAAGGGUAUUUCGCUCAAAUGCGUAGCUUGCAACAAACCUAUACUGAAUUGAUCUCUGAAAUGGCAACGAGAUAUCUAACAACAACCACCCUUUCGUCGCGCAUGAUAAUCCCAUUGGAUAUCGCGCCUUUAUUCAUGGAUAGAGACACACUUAUGAAUGCCAUUGCUGCUUCACACGAUUUACAUUUAUUGGCAAUUGAUAACAGAGAAGAUAUGCUUGUUCGUCGAGCCAAGACUUGGUUAAGUAACCUCGUCAAUGAUUUACAGAAAGACGAAAUUACUAGAAAUCGUGCCAAAAUAUUGGAAAUCAAUCAUUACUUGGAUAUACAAAAAGACGAGUUCAACGAAAUCAUUGUACUUCAAGAAACUUCACCAGAAUUAUAAACAAUAGCAAUAUUUAUUUAUCAUAUACAUUGUAUCCUUUUAAAUGCAAAAGAAAUAACACAAAAUGAUAUCAAACUAUUUGCCGCUUUUCUUCUUAAGAGCCUCAAUGUAUUUAUCUAAAGAUUUUUGUACCAUUGGCUGACUAACAGAAAACCAGAAUAAAU